AUGCGAAUGUUCUAUUAUGAAUUACUUCUAGGAGGUGCUGGACUAGUGGUGUGCGGUGCACCCUGCGAGCCAGUCAAUAUUCCAAUGUGCAAGAACAUGCCUUGGAACAUGACCAGAAUGCCAAACCAUCUGCACCACAGCACGCAAGAGAACGCAAUACUCGCGAUCGAGCAAUAUGAAGAGCUGGUGGACAUCAACUGCAGUUCUGUGUUGCGUUUCUUCCUGUGUGCCAUGUACGCUCCAAUCUGCACCCUCGAGUUUCUCCACGAUCCAAUCAAACCUUGCAAGUCGGUGUGUCAGAGGGCUAGAGACGGCUGCGAGCCCAUCAUGAGGCGCUAUAAUCACAGUUGGCCGGAAAGCCUUGCGUGCGACGACUUACCUGUGUACGAUCGGGGGGUCUGCAUAUCUCCUGAAGCCAUCGUAACUGAUUUACCUGAAGAUGUUAAAUGGGUUGAUUUUUCACGGGAUGUCAUGCUGGAAAAACCACAAGCAUCAGACUGCAAAAACGGGAAUUCCGAGCGCUGUAGGUGCCGAAAAAUAAGACCAACGCUAACAACAUAUAUUGAGAAGAAGUACAACUAUGUUAUUCACGCAAAAGUCAAAGGUGUAAGCCGGACUGGCUGCCAGGAGUUUACAACGUUGGUGGAGGUGAGGGAAGCGUUCAAGUCCUCCCAACCCAUCCCACGGGCGCACGUACCUUUAAUCACCAACUCGUCGUGCUCCUGCCCGCAGCUCCUACCCAAUCAAGAGGUGAUUAUCAUGUGCUAUGAGUGGCGCUCAAGACUGAUGCUGCUGGAUGGGUGCCUAGUGGAAAGAUGGAAGGACCAACUGGCGAAGAGAUACAAGCGCUGGGAACAACGUCUACAGGAACAGCAGCAGAGGAGCCCCAGAUUGAACAGCAGGGGCUCUGGUCUGAGUACAGGGGGCUCCAGGAAGACCACUAGGAGCAAGAACAUGCCGAGGAACGACCGGCAGCAGAAAUCAUAAGCGCUCUGCCCCCCCUCCUUGUUUUCUCCAGCCCAUGGUGAGGAUCAGCAUAUGACUUCUCAAGUCUGCAUAGUGAGCCACCAUGUAGUCCUCAGAUCUUAUUUUAACUUCUCACGGUUACUCCCCCUGACCCCCCUCACCACCAUCCAGGAGUCCGUGGCAGAUACAGGUUUGCACUGCAUUUGUAUUUUAUGCACCCCUAGUGUUUUAUCAGAAAACAAAAUACAG